CAUAAAUUCAAACUAUAUAGUUAGAGUGCGAUAAACAUUAUAUAACGUCGUUCUUAAAAACGUAGAAUACUGUUAGUGUGUCUAUAGUUUAAAAAAUAAAUAAAUAUUGUAUAUCAUUAUGUUGUGUUUGCUGUUAUAAUAUUAUUAUAAUGUCCGACCAAUAUAUUAUUAUUCAGCUAUAUAAUAUACUAAGCACAGAGACAACCUAACCUGACCUAUACCCGACGAGUAAAGAGAGUUACAUACGUGUGCAGACUGCAACUACAGCUUACACUGCGAGUUAUAACUAUCGAAGUCGGCACACAUCAAAAAAAAAAAAAAAAAAAUAACGAGAGAGAUGGCGGCUGCAGUCGUAAAACCCGUCACUGGUCAUUGGGAGGUAAGGCUACGGGCGGCCGCGGUGACCGCGGUUACGGCGUUGCUGCUGACGUGUACGUCCGCGGCCAACGGCGCCAGGGUACUGGCCGUGUUCCCGUACAACGGCUACAGUCACUUCGCCAUGGUCGAACCGCUGAUGGUCGCCCUGUCGCAGCGCGGUCACCACGUGACCGUGAUCAGCCCGUUCCCGCGACGCAAAGACAGGGGCGGCGGCGCGGGCCGGUACGUGGACGUGGACGUGUCGGACGCGCUGCCGCCGGUCAUCAGCGAGAUGAACGUGACCGAUGAGUUCGAGCACCAAGUGGACCCGAUUACCGGGCUCCGAAACCUGUGCCAGAUGAACCACCGGGUGUGCGAGGCCACUUUCGAGCACCCGCGGGUCCGUGCGCUGAUCCGCGGGCCCGGCGCAUUCGACGUGGUGUUCACCGAAGCGUUCUCCACCGACUGUUUCGCGGCGUUUGCGCACGCGUACGACGCACCGCUGGUGUCCGUCCGGACGUCCGACUACUCGCCGCAGCUCAACCGGCGCGUGGCCAACCCGCAGAACCCCGCGUACCUGGUCAACCACCUGCUCGAGUAUACCGGCCACGACAUGUCGUUCGUCCAGCGGCUAAUCAACACGCUGGCCACGCACUUCGGCGCGGUCGGCUACCACGCCUUCUCCGACGACCCGUCCACCGAACUGGUCCGGCGGCACUUCGGGCGCGGUACGCCGUCCGUUCCGGAAAUAGCGCGGCGGCGCACCGCGCUCGUGCUGGUCAACGGCCACCACAGCCUGUCUCAGCCCCGUCCAACGGUGCCCAACGCGAUAGAGGUGGGCGGCUUGCACAUCACACAGCCCGCGGAACUGCAAAACGCGGCAAAUGAAUGGACAGAUUACUGCGAUUUGUGUGACCAAGGCGUCGUUUACGUGUCUUUUGGCUCGUUGUUGAAGGGAUCGUCGUUUUCAGUUCAAUUCACAACGGCGUUCGUGCAGGCUUUCGAAGCACUACCGUAUUGCGUUCUAUGGAAAUAUGAGGGUGAAUUGAUAUCCAAACGGAUUAAAGUGUCCAAAUGGAUGCCCCAACAGCAGAUUCUGAGUCACAGGAACAUCAAGAUGUUUAUAACGCACGGUGGCCUCAUGGGCGUUAUGGAGUCCGUGUACUUUGGAGUGCCGAUGAUUGGUAUACCUGUGUUCGGCGAUCAACAGUCAAACGUCGCCAAUUGUGUUGCAAAAGGCAUAGCCAUCAGACUCGAUCACCGACUGAUCACCACACAAAAACUGAUCAAAAGCAUUCAAGCCAUCGUCACGGACAGCAAAUACCGGUCAAAGGCAUCCGAGUUGUCUGCAAGAUUCAGGGACAGGCCAACUAGUCCACUGGAAACAGCUGUGUUUUGGACCGAAUAUGUCAUCACACACGGCAAUGCGACCAAUACCGCAUCUCCGGCAAUAGAUUAUGAUUUUUAUCAAUAUUUUUUAUUAGAUGUAGUUGGCGUCGGACUGUUGAUUUUUAUAUUUUUAUUUUAUAUAGCGUUACGAAUAAAAAAAUGUAUACGAUUUAAUUUAUAACACACUCGUAACGCGAUUGAUGAAAUCCAUAAAUACCCAAAACUAAAAUGUACAUAUUAUUAGGUAUAAUAAAAAAUGUAUAACACAUUUUAUUAUAA